CAAGACUUAUUUCAGAUCCAGUCCGGAACACACAACCCACUGAGACUCCUGAUCUUGAUCAGUGCUGCACAGUCACACAAUCCUAAAAACACAUGAAGACAAAUGCAACAACAGAAUCAACAACGCGUCCCACACACUGACCGCAGCAUGUUGUUUGUUUUUGUUAAUUUUUUUUUUUUUUUCACUCACAGACACGAGGAUUUAGAUCUACUUCCUGUGGAGGCCGAGGAAGUGCGAGGGGAAAUUCAGAAUUGAGUCAGAUCGGCGGUGGCUUUCACAGUUUUCACGCAAACAUUCUCAAAGAAAUAGACUCAGAAAGUUCGCAUGAACAAAACCUCAUAGAAACUAUGUGGCACACACGCUUUAUGACAACAGAAACUGCAAUCCAAUUCACGCACCAACACACAACAUGAACAUAAUUAUGCAUAAGGUCAAUGCAUAUAUGCUGAAAAUACUAUUUCCAAAUAUCUAUGAAAGAAUGCGCUCACAGAUACUUAGUCUGACGCAGGACAAACCUAGAAGCACUGGGACAUAACCUGAAUGAACCCCGACAAUCAAAGAUAUUAUGUAACCAGGAAGGAAGAGGUUUAUUUCUAGAGAAUCUAUGAACGACGUGGAUGACUAACGCCGAAGAAACAGGUGUUAUCGCCGCUAGUCAGCGCGAUGAACUUGUGUCGGUCAGUCUGGGACGCGGUUGAAGGAGUAACGCCGAGUUCUGACUUCAGCGUUGAGUCUCAUGAAAAUGCGUUGACAUUUUGGAGCGUGUGAUUGUGAGCGGCCAAUAACGAGUGAGCCGGGUCGACUCGGGUCAGGUGGACAGCAGAGGUGAUCGCGACGCCCCCGAGCCGACUUCCCGUCAGAGUCCGCCUCCGCCCCGCCUCUCGGCAGCCACAGAACUCGCCCUCCUUGAUGGUGGGAAACCGUAAAAACUUUAAUGACUCUUGACGAUCUUACCUUUAGUCACCUAUAGAACUAUUGACACGGACCCGGGGCUGCGGUUAAGCAGGUUCUCUUACGUCGCUCCAGAUGGAUUGAAUACAGGAGACGAUGGACGGAGACAGAGUUGCUUCUGGAAUGAUUCUGGUCCUAAUUUUCACUCUCUUGCCUGCUGCCAGUGGAGAAGCAACACCGACAUGUCCGUCAGGAGACUACCUGAGCACAGAAGGAGUUUGCUGCAAUAAAUGUCUUCCAGGUUUCAAACUUCAGAGUGAGUGCAAAGCUGCAGGGCAGCGGAGCGACUGUGUGGAGUGUCCGAGUGGACAGUUCACCGAAAACCCCAACUUCUCUCGGACGUGCUGGGCCUGCAGACCCUGCAAAUCAUCGAGAAACGAAUUUAAAGAGAGCAACUGUACUGCCUCCAAGGACACUGUGUGUCACUGCAAGGAUGGUUAUUACAAAUACAGUAUCGGCUCCAUCGAUUACCAGUGCGUCCGCUGUAAAUCGUGCAAGCAAAAUGAGGAGCAAAUACACGGAUGCUCCUCUGAUCGAAACACAAUGUGCCAGUGCAAGCCUGGGUUCUACAGAGUCAAGGGCAAGUGUGAGCACUGUGACGGCUGCAGAGCCGAGUGCGGUCAUCUUUGCCCGAAGGCUGCCACGGCCACGACAGUCCCCCCAACAAAGAUGGGGUCCCUCAUCAACGGGAUUUGCCUGGCCGUCGUGGCGGCGGUCUCGGUGGCCAUGUCCGUCCUGGUGACCCACUUCCUCACCAAACGUUGCAGCAGGAAGAAGUCUUCCUCCACACAGUCACCCGAUGACCCGCUGGACUCCGCCGAAACCCAGAUGCUGCCGACCACGGUCGUCGACCCGCUGCCCACUGUGGAGGUGUUGAAGAUGGAGGAAGCGGAGCCGCCGAGGAGCGUGGAGGCGGCUCCCCUGCGAUCAGAACCGGAGAAGCCCAUGUCCAACCUGCCUGACUGUAUCCCGCUGGAAGUCAAGACCCACGAAGUGAUCUACAUGGUUCUGGACAGGGUGCCGGUGCCGAUGGUGAAGCGGCUGGUGCGCUUGCUGGGCGUGAGGGAAAUCGACAUCGAGCAGGCCGAGGUGGACUGGCGCUACUGCAGGGACGCCCACUUCCAGAUGCUGAAGACAUGGGCUCAAACCAGUUUGGUCGAUGGGACAAGACACCAAAUCCUGAGCCGUCAGAUGCUCCAGGACCUGAUCCGAACCCUGAGGGAGAUCCACCUGGUGGCGGUGGCUGAGGCGCUGGAGGCAAAAUACAGCGGCCAGUAGUGGAGCAGAACCUGGACUGGACUCUUGUCAUGGAGAGCAGAUCCGCCUCUGAGCCUGUCUACCUCUGCAGCUGCCGAGAACGAGCUACUGAGAAUCAAAAUUUAAGGAUCAGCUUCUUUGGUCACUAAUUUAUUCAGAGAUCUGAUGGUCUGAAAAGGUGCAGAGGGCCUUUACGCUUCUUUCAUUUCAGCUGUUUCGUUGUCCGUCUCUCUUGCAUCACUCCUCAGGAUGUUCAGUGGACCUGACCUUGCAUCACUUCAGCCUCACGCAUUUGACGUCCUGCAGUUCACACUGGGAUGUUACCUCCAACUAACACUGUGGUUCUUGACUGAGCGGCCGUGCUGUCCAACGGCCUCGACUGAGGACACAUUUGUUAGUUUCAAAUACCAAGUCUGAAGAUCCUCAACUGUUGCAGUAUGUUAUGGGACUUGCUGAAUGGGUCGUCGCAUGUCGUCGGCCUUGUUUACUUGAUUUGUUGUUACUAUUUUAGUAACUGUUUUUUUUCGUGCUCAAAUCAAAGUGAGGCCCCCCUAGUGGACAUGGGCGGCAGUACACUGAACGUUCUUAACCCUGAGGUGGAAGCAUUAUUUAAUCGUGGGACACACCCUGUCUGCUCUAUUGUCAGCCACACUCUGGAAUCCUGAACUGAGUCCUUCAACUGUCGUCAUACGUUUGUGCUGGAGACAAUGUUUUGGUCUGUAUUAGCCAAACUGAGUGUUUUUAUUACGAACUAAGUGUAUUUUUUAAGCGACUUUACAUCUUCACUGGAUGAAACAUCAUCUAUUAAA